UAAGGAAAUCAAAUAAAAAGAGGAAAUGAAAAAGAAAAGACAAAUGAAAUAAAAACACGGAGAGGGUUUCUUGUGUUCUUCGUCUCCAACGCGCUCCUCCACCAUUUUCUCUUCUUGCAAGCUUCCACAGAGACGACUUUUCCGUGAUUGCCAUACACGCCGCUUGAUCUUCUUGGAUUUUGCUUGAUUUCCGCAAAUUCGUUGCUUUGUGAUUCUCAAGAGUUGUCGUGUACAAGAUGAGUAAAGUUAAUAGUGAGGAAUCUUCUAGUAGCCGCAAAUUGUUGAAGGAGGUCGAGACGAUAAGUGAAGCUCUGUAUGUGAACAAGAAUCCCAGGGGCUCAGUGGCUGGUCCUAACAACACUUCAACAAAGCCGUUGGGUCGUACCCACUUGGCUGAGCCUCAGAAGGAGAAGAAAUCCAUUUGGAAUUGGCCUCUCAGAGCCCUCUCUCACGUCCGCAACCGCCGAUUCAAUUGUUGUUUCUCUGCCCAAAUCCAUUCUAUUGAAGGGUUACCCCCAAUAUUCCAGGAUCUAUAUCUCACUGUUCACUGGAAACGUCGUGAUGAGUCUUUAAGCACUCGUUCUGCAAAAGUUUUGAAUGGAAGAGCCGAUUUUAAGGACCAGCUGACACUUACAUGCUCAGUUUAUGGAAGCCGAAGUGGGCAACAUCACUCAGCUAAGUAUGAAGCUAAGCAUUUCUUGUUGUAUGCCUCUCUGGUUGGAUCUCCUGAGGUUGAUCUGGGAAAACAUCGGAUGGAUCUCACUAGAUUGCUUCCUCUCACACUUGAGGAGUUGCAGGAUGAGAAGAGUUCGGGUAAGUGGUCAACAACAUUUCAGUUGACUGGAAAGGCUAGUGGUGCUACUCUAAGCGUGAGUUUUGGGUACACUGUUGUUGGGGAUACUCGUAACCCUGCUACAUCACGUAGCAUUCGAGACUUUCGCAGUGCUUCAAAUGCAAAACAAGCUAGCAAUAACACAGCGUUGACGAGAAGUACCAGUACGAAGUCUAGUCUAGGGAAUGGCAAGUCCGCAUCUCGGCGUUAUGAUCAUGGUAUUGUUAACAAAGAGUCUCUUCCUCUGUCCCAGAAUAUGGAGGAAAUCAAGGAUCUUCAUGAAAUUCUUCCUGUUGCACAAUCUGACCUGGUCAGUUCUGUAAACAUUCUGUAUCAAAAAUUGGAUGAGGACAAGGUGGAUCCAGCAGCAGAAUCUCGGUUCGAAUUUGACGUUGUCACUAAGCACAUUCAACCUGCUGAGUCAAUUUCUCGUGAAAACGAAGAUGCAAAUGCACACCAAAGCAGUGAGCCUUUGGUAAAGAAUGAAACUGAUGUUCCUUUUGAGGAUAGAAAGAAAACUGGUGAAGUUCCUACUCCUGUAAAUGAGGAAAUUGGUACGGAAAAUUUGCCUCCAGAAGAGCCUUUGGUAAACCGUAAAGACACUGAUGUUCCUUUUGAGGAUAGAAAGAAAGCUGGUGAAGUUCUUACAGCUGGAAGUGAGGAAAUUGGUACAGAAAAUUUGCAUCCAGAAGAACCUUUGGUAAGCAGGAAUGAAACUGAUGUUUCUUUUGAGGAAUCAAAGAUAGAUGGCGAAGUUUCUAUUACCAGAAGUGAGGAAGUUGUUGAAAUUGGUACAGAAAAUUUGCCUCCAGAGAAGGGGAGCAAUGUUUCUCCCAAGGAAGAGGAAAGUGUUGUUCCACGGGAGGAUGAAGAGGUGAUGAACGGCGAGAGAGACAUGAAAGAAAUGAUAAUGAAAGAUCUUGAAUCAGCUUUGAAAAGUGUAGAGAUGUUGGAAGCAACGGCGUCAGAAGACGAGGAAGAUCAAGAAAACCAUGAAGACGCAGAAACUUGUUUUAGAACACCAAAUAAGGAUGCAGCAUCAUCAAGCUCGAGAGAUGUGGCUGAAUCCGUGGCUAAUGAGUUCUUGGACAUGCUAAGUAUUGAACACAGCCCUUUCGGUCUAAGCUCUGAGAGUGAACCUGAGUCCCCAAGGGAGCGUCUGUUAAGAGAGUUUGAAAUGGAAUCUCUAGCGGCCGGUUCUUUAUUUGGUUUUGAUAUUGAAGCUGAUGAUCCCGAAUGUGAUGAAAACUUCUCGAAAGAGUAUGAAUCAGAUUUUGAAGAAGGUUUCGAUCUGGCAACCCUCGUUCAUGAUAUAGAAGAAGAGUACCAGUUGGAAACUCAAGCAAAAGUCAGCAACCCCAGGGUCAAAAUGUUGGAAGACUUGGAAACGGAAUCUCUGAUGCGUGAAUGGGGUAUGAAUGAAAACACUUUUCAGAACUCUCCGCCUCACAAUGGCCGUAACGCGUUUCAUCCAGCUGAUGUUCCAGUGAAGGAGCCGUUUGAUUUGCCUCCUCUUGGAGAUGGCCUGGGUCCAGUUGUGCAGACAAAGAAUGGAGGGUUCUUGCGUUCAAUGAAUCCCUCACUGUUCAGAAACUCUAAAGCUGGAGGCAGCUUGAUCAUGCAAGUGUCAAGUCCAGUGGUGGUGCCCGCUGAGAUGGGCUCUGGUAUCAUGGAGGUACUUCAAAAACUGGCCACUGCUGGAAUUGAGAAGCUCUCGAUGCAGGCAAAUAAAGUAAUGCCUUUGGACGAUAUAACAGGAAAAACCAUGGAAGAGGUCUUGUGGGGAACUUCACCUGCAAUUGACGGUGUGGACAGGGAUCAUAUAUCACAGCAUGAAUCUGAUGAUGCAGCCGGUUUUGUGAGGGGAGCUGAAAGACGAGCACCAUUUGCAGCUAAGCCAAAAAAGUCUGGUUCAAGCUCUUGCAACAACAAUAACUUCGGCUCGGAGUAUGUAUCACUUGAAGAUCUUGCUCCUUUGGCUAUGGAUCAGAUUGAAGCGCUUUCUUUGGAAGGAUUGAGAAUACAGUCAGGAAUGUCAGAGGAGGAUGCACCCUCGGAGAUCACUGCACAAUCGAUUGGAGAGAUCUCAGCCUUCCAGGGGAAAAGCGGGUGCGUUGAUCUAGAAGGAGCCGCCGGGUUACAACUUAUGGACAUAAAAGAUGAAGGAGAUAAUGAUGACGAUGGAUUGAUGGGUCUCUCCUUGACACUUGAUGAGUGGAUGAAGUUGGAUUCAGGUGACAUUGGCGACGAAGACGAAAUAAAUGAGCAAACGUCAAAAAUCUUGGCUGCUCAUCAUGCAAACCCACUAAACUUUAUCCGUAAAGGAGGAUCAAAAGGGGAGAAAAGAAAAGGAAAGAAAGGAAGGAAAUGCGGUUUACUGGGGAAUAACUUCACCGUAGCACUAAUGGUGCAACUCCGAGAUCCGCUAAGGAACUAUGAGCCAGUAGGAGCUCCCAUGCUUUCUCUUAUCCAAGUUGAGAGACUGUUUGUCCCUCCAAAGCCCAUAAUCUACAGUACAGUUUCAGAGCUGAGGAAAACCGAUGAAGAGGAAGAGGAAAGCGAGGCAGUGAAAGAAGAGAAAACCAUGUUGAAGGAACAAGGGAUCCCUCAGUACAAAAUCUCAGAGGUGCAUCUCACGGGGAUGAAGAGUGAGACCGAUAAGAAGCCAUGGGGAAUCACGACUCAGCAGCAGCAGGUGCAGUCUGGUUCAAGGUGGUUGAUGGCGAACGGAAUGGGGAAAGGGAACAGCAAGCUCCCUCUUAUGAAACCGAAAUCUACAAAGCCUAGUGAUAAGUUGUGGAGUGUCUCUGGUUCUGGGUCCAAAUGGAAAGAGCUUGGGAAAAUGGGAAAGUUGAACACACACGUGCGGAAUCCGAAUGUGAUAAUGCCAAAAUGAAACUAAAGGAAAAACGAGAAUUUGAAUGUGUUCUGCUUUGUGUUUUCGAUGCCAAGUAAAGGUAAUUGUUAUGGGGAGUGGUGGAUUGUGUAGAAUUCACUUUAAUGUUGCAUCUCUUCACUGUGUGUGUGUGUGUGUAGAUUAGUUUUUGACAUUUGCGGAUCAAACUAAUCGCUGUUUGUUUGUACAUUUAAGAGAUCAAUGGUCUAAAUAAUGAACAAACAAGAACCGUUGAACUUGAUCUGUCAAAACACGAACCUGGUUCGGAGAUAAUUAUUUUUGUAGAUAUAUAAUUAACAACAAUGGUUAAG